CCCCAGCCACCCCUGGGCACCCCUGGCCACUGUAAACCUCGCAGAAUCUGCCAGCCAUGGCCAUGAUUUUUCGCUGCAAAGCUGAUCCGUCCUACGUUCUGGGCGUGAGGAGCGAUAAUUGUGCGCAAGGUGGUUGGGUAGGACUGUUGCACCGCAACGCCCCAACGCUCCUGGUCAGCUGGGAGGUUUCGGAUGGCGUCGUGCGGCCCAGGGCCAACCCCAGUUGUGUCUUGUCCCUAACGGAUGACAACUGUCAGAACGGCGCCUGGCUCCAUCUCUCGGAAGCUGGAACGAUCCUCGGGCAGUGGGUCAUCAGUGGCAACUGCUUGCGGGCAAAAGGAAAUCCCGGAUUCGUCCUUUGUGCGCGCAGAGAUUUUCAGGGAAUCCACAUGUGGUGCUUCGACGGCCUCCCUGAUCACUACGGCCAGUGGGACCUGGAAACCGCCCCGGCGUUAACGGUUCCCGCGGCGUUGCCGCCGGCGCGGCCGCGGCUGAACUCCACGGGGUCGGUGGUCGGAGGCAUCUUGCAACCGGUGAUUUCCAAACUUCAGUCGGCCUUGAUGUUCAACGACCCGGAGGACACCAGCGAUCCCAAGAAAGUGGUCCUGGACAUGCGCAGUGAACACUUCGUUGAAGCCCUGCAGCGCUUGGUGAUGGUGCUGGAAAAUUUCGCGUGGGGGGCAAGUAAGUUCCUCGAAAGCGAUAACGAGAAGCUAACUCGGCUUUGGACCAAAGCUGGAAAACCCAGCUACCGCGCUUGGCUUCUGUCAGAAACGGCUGUGCAUGCGGAAACCGGAUAUCAGGAGUAUGCAGAUGACUCCGUGGCGAUGGCAAAUCUUUGGGUCGCGCGAAAUCUCAGCUUUCUCAACGAGCUGUUCAGCUUGUUGGCAGAGAACCUGGACACCAGCGACGCUGUGAAUUUGGCGUACGCCCGGACGCUGCAGAAGCACCACUCCUUUCUGCAACGUCAGGCCUUUUAUUUGGUCUACAGCCAGCUUCCUGCGCGAGAACCGUUGAUGCACAUCUUGGAAGGGGAAGUGCAAUUGAGCAACGCGGAUGUCUUGCAGGAGAUCGUGGAAAUGGCGCAACUGACCAAACAUGUCACAGACUUUGCUUUCAGCUUAGACAGGGAGAUGAACCAGAAAGUCUCAGCUGAGAAAGUCCAGUUUGACGUUGACACAGCCUAUGGAAGGGCGUAGAGGUGGUGACUGUUUCUGGACAUCAAUGAUUUGCGGUAGUUGAAACUUGGUGAUCGAAUGAUCAUCAAUGGCUGGUUUGGAAAGUCAGAGGAUGAAAAUCA